UUGAGGGGAGGCCCUGCCGGGCUGGGCAGAGUGAGCGAGAACCGGCUGUGGCGGUGGAACGAGCCGACGAGCCCGCGGAGGAGAAGGGCAGCGCUUGGUGUUCGGGAUAAAGGAGAGGAAAAAAAUCUCAGAAGCAAAGGGAUGAAAUCAGUUCCAUCUUUGUCAUCAAAAGCCCUGCACAGUGGGAUUAUAUUAGGACACAGAGACUAAACAAAUGGAAAAAGUCACUCAUCUGGAAGCUCUGCUGUUUGCUGCUGUGCUGGAGAACUGUGUCGAUCAGCUUGAAAUUCUUGGGUAUAUCAUGCCAAUUUCAGACGAGGACAAGACAGACCUCAGCCAUACUGGCAUCCAGGAAAUGAAAGAAAUUAUAGAGACCCAGAAGGAGCUGGACAUUAAUGACCCAGAGCUUAUGUCAGCAAGGCAAGAGAGUGAGGAAACAGUUACCUCCAUGGCCCUGAAAAACACUGAACCCAAGCAGCAGAUGGGGCAAAUUGAAGAUGGGAAAAGCACCCAUCAGCCUUCCAAAAGGGACAGGAAACACAGUGCUGUGACUGCAGAGAAGCUCAGAAAAAUUGAGGCUGACAGGCAAUAUGCAAGUGAUGUAAUUGCUGUCACUAUGAAAAAGAUGCAGGAAUCGGGAAUAUUUAAUAGCCUAACAGAAGCUAAUGAGAGAGAGAAGGAAGAAAAGAGCAAGUUUUAUGAUGUCCUCAUCAGGGAGGAGGAAGGAAAGAAGGAGAUAAAGUCACUCCAGAAACAGCUGCAAGAUGUCAAGAGACAAACUGCAAAAGACCUUCAGAACCGAGACAAGAUCAUUGAUCGCCUCAAAGACAAACUCCAAGAGAAGACGGCCAAACUGGACACAGAAAGCUCCUACAUGAAGAAAGACACAGACCUCCAGAUCCACCAAACCCAGAGGAAAUGCAGCAAGGAAGAGAAUGCUCUGAACAAUGAAAUCCAGAACUUGAAGAACAAAACUGAUGAGGAAAUUCAGCUCCACACAGAGACAGAAAAUUUCCUCAGGCAAGAGUAUCAGAAGGUGGAAGAGAAGCUGGAAUACUGGAUGCAAAAGUAUGAAAAUGACACUGAUGCAAAAGAAGUAGAACUGGAUGACCUAAGAGCGUUGAAGGCAGAGAACUUGGAAACAAUGCAGAAAUUUGCCAAGGAGUGCCUGAUGUUCGAGGAAAACAUCAUCACUGACCGGACAGAAAAGAAGGAUAGAAAAAAACAACGAGAGCAGGACGCCCUGGAGCUGAAGAGCGCUCUGAAGGUGCAGGCCUGGUGGAAAGGCACGAUGGUCCGCAGAUUCCUUGGCCCUUACCAGGCCCUCGAGAAGCUUCUGAAGGAACAGGCAGCAGUGCAGACAGAAACAGGGAAGGAAAAGAAAAACUAAAGAAAGUAAAGAAAGUGCCCACAGAUGUGCUCCAGGUCUGUUGCUGGGCAGAGCCCUGCAGUCUGUCUGACAAGACAAAAUAAACCAUAUAACAGAG